AACGCUUGCCAUUAACGAAACUUGUCUGAAAAUGUCGAAACCACCCCUAAUCCGCCAUUAACAAUUUAACAAAGACACAAAAAGCCGGUUCUCUCUUUCACACUCUUGUCUUCACUCAGACACUCAGUUCAAAACUCAAAAAGUGUAGGCAAUGUGUUUACGUUUAUGUCUGUUUCUUCUGUUUCCAAUCGCGAUUAGCAGCGUUACUACCACCGACACUGAUCUCCCCGCGUUUCGAGAGGCUCCGGCGUUUCGAAACGGCAGAGAAUGCUUCAAAACGGUAUGGUCACCGGAGGAUCGCACACACAACCCUUCGAUCAUCCACAUCGCGAUGACUCUCGACGCCAUCUACCUCCGCGGCUCGGUCGCCGGAGUCUUCUCCGUUCUCCAGCACGCCUCUUGUCCUGAAAACGUAGUUUUCCACUUCAUUGCCACUCAACGCCGCAGCGCCGAUCUUCGCCGCAUAAUCUCCUCCACGCUCCCUUACUUAACCUUCCAAAUUUACCAUUUUGACCCUAACCUCGUCCGCAGCAAGAUCUCCUCCUCCAUUCGCCGCGCCUUGGACCAGCCGCUAAACUACGCACGGAUCUACCUCGCCGAUCUCCUCUCCGCCUCCGUACGCCGCGUGAUCUACUUCGACUCCGAUCUCGUCGUGGUCGACGACGUAGCGAAGCUCUGGGGGAUCGAACUUGGCCGUCACGUCGUCGGAGCUCCGGAGUACUGUCACGCUAACUUCACCCACUACUUCACUUCGAGAUUCUGGUCGAGCCAGGGGUACAAGUCGGCGCUGAAAGGGAGGAAGCCGUGCUACUUCAACACCGGCGUGAUGGUGAUCGAUCUAGGGAGAUGGAGAGAAGGGAGAUACACGGUGAAGCUUGAGACGUGGAUGAGAAUACAAAAACGACACCGUAUCUACGAGCUGGGAUCUUUGCCGCCGUUUCUGCUGGUUUUCGCCGGAGAUGUUGAGCCGGUGGAGCACAGGUGGAACCAGCAUGGUCUCGGGGGUGAUAACUUGGAAGGGCUUUGUCGGAAUCUGCAUCCGGGUCCGGUGAGUUUGUUGCAUUGGAGCGGGAAAGGGAAGCCAUGGCUAAGGCUUGACUCGAGAAGGCCUUGUCCGUUGGAUUCGCUUUGGGCUCCUUACGAUUUGUUGCGUUAUUCACCGUUGAUCUCUGAUAGCUGAUUAAUUAAUCAUCGGACGGUGGAGAGAGUUUUGUAACAUAAAACGUUUUGAAGCUAAAUUCAUUUGGGUCAAUGAUGGGCUUUUGAAACA